UGUCUGUAUUUCAACACAAGCCAAGUACGUUCAUAUUUCGUUUUUUCGUCAGGGCGGGUGUGCGCAAAAAUCGGUCGGCAAGCAAUUCAAAAGUAAGAGCAACCGGAGAGAAUAAAAAACGGGAAUAACUUACUAAAAUAUUUAAAGGAAAUAUAAAAAGAUUAACGAACUCGGCAAGCUGUGUUUAUUUCGACAAGUAAUUGUAUAUUUGGAGUGCAAGCUAAGGCGAAGGAAGUGGAAGGACAAGCAACGAAAUCGUGCUCUUAUCCGUUCCUGUACUGUGUCUCUCUUUCGCUGCGAGAGUGUGUGUAUUGGUGUGAGUGUAGAAAUCUGCAAGAACAGCAACGCCAAUAAACGAGGAAUCGAGAAAAAAACGCAGUGGCGCGUGAAUCACGAGCAAUCUGAAUCAUCUCUCUACGACAAUACCUGUUUCUGUUGGCGGCGCAUCAUUUAUUGCUAUUAAAUCCCAAAGAAUGGAACACCACGAGGACAACGCGCAGUUGGACAACUACUUGCAGAACCGCCUGGCCGAAAAUCUGCAAAUUUCCGGAGGCACCGGCGAGCAUAAUCCUCAUCUGGCAGACGCCACUGGGGGGAACGGCUCCGCUCCUGGCAUCGCGCCCUCGAAGUCGGACGAAGUCGACGGGGAAGAAGACGAGGAGUGGAAGUACAUACACGAGGUGAGGCAGAGUGAAAAGCUUCAACAGGAAAAGCUUGCACUGACAAAGGAAACCGGCAAUGGUUUUGGGCCCGAACGGGACUCUGAUAAUCAAGUUCUCGGAAACGGAGCUGCCGCUGUCUUUAAUCUUGGGUACGAAGAGGACGUGGAAGUGAUCAAGAACGAUGGCGACUUCUCCACAAAUUCGAACACCACUUCUUCAACGGACGAGGUAGUUGCCAGGCAGGCCCAGGAGCCAAACCAGUUGCCGGAGCAGCUUCAACAGCAGCAGAUAGAAUCGCAAGGUGUUCACGAGGAUCCCCGUCAGGAAGAUGAGGAUGAGCACAGCUCCGUGGCCACUACUUAUGGAACCAGCAGUCUCAGUGAGAACAACUCCUCGCCUUUAGAUCAGGAGGAAGUCGUAAUGGUAGCGCAAACGGUUGGUAAAGAGCAGUUAGUGGGAUUCGACAACAAGGAGAACUGCUAUUUUGUUAAAGAACUGGAGGAAAACCACUCGCAGCUAAACCCCAAUGCUGUGGCCUUUGUGCCUGGCUUUGGCUCACAAUCAUCCUCUCCCCUUCCUGCUGCUGAAGAUCCACUACCUGGUGUUCAGCCACGCCCAUUUCUACCGGGGGGGACCCUUGACGAUUUGGUAGCGGAAAGUCCGCGCAAAGAAUUCGCCAGGAUCAACAUGGAUGGUAUUGCCGUGCCCGACGAGAGGGAAUUUGACAUUGAAGCGGAUAUGCGACCCCACGAGUUGGAGCAGGAAUCGGACAUUUUUGGGGCAGGACACCUGGAGAUGCAGUUGUUGAACGGUAUAGGAACCGCUGACCAAGCAGCCUUAAGGGAUGUUCUGGAUCACGGUCCAGAGACAAGUGUCGAUAUGGAGUUGCCACUAGAUCAGGUGCCCGACGACGCCGACAUCAUGAAACAAUCUAUUUAUGCCGAGCACAACGCCUCCAUUGAAGAUAUUCUAAAUUCCGUGCAACCUUUGCCAAUUCAGACUUGUGACGAUAAGGAACUAAUUCAUGUGGAGGAGAAAGAACGUGUCUCGAAGUCGCCUUCUACAGAAGAGCUCCAGUUUCAGGCCGACUUCCCAAACAAUCAGGAAUCGCACACAUUAUUCAAUAACACUCAGCAAGAUCCAAUGCAGGCUUCAUUUUAUUUGGAACACACCUCCAAAAAGGAGCAAGAGGGCCGCCAGGAGCAAAUGCAGCUUCCUGCUGAGUGCUCUGAUAUUUUUGCCGACCAGAGUUUAUUGCUAGACACCAGUGCACCCCAGUUGAGCUCCGAAGCAGACUCGCCUGUGGCGAAAUUGGAGCUGGAAUCUCAGCAAGAUGGCAUUGUAGACAUCACACCUUCGCCCCUUUCCUCCACUGCAGAGAAACAUCUGGUUGAAGACACCAAGGAGCUAGUUGAGGGUUACACGUUGGAUCCGGAAUCCCAUUUCUUUGGGGUUGUUUCAUCUGAAGCUCCUCCACAGAACGACGAGGACUAUGCUGUUCUUGAAUCAGCUUCUGGUUAUAAAACUCAAAACUUUGAUGAAAUAUCAUCUCCACCGGAAGGUAUUAAUCCGUUUGCCCAGCCCUUCACGCCCGCGCACCUGGUUAUAGAGCAGACGGAAACAAUAAAGGAGGAUUUGGGAGGUAUGCCUAUACCAGCUUCCGAUGACUUUGCUAUAUGUGAUAAAGGUGCUAGUAAGUCUACAAAGGAAGCUGAGGAUCAAAGGAAUGAGCAAGAAGCCUUCGUAAAGGAGGAGCUGCUGCACGUCGCCCAGGUUGGAAAACUUGGCACUGAAGCGAACUUCGUACUUCGGGCAUAUCCAGAGGAGCGACUGCCUAUUUCUGUUUCAGAUGAGAUACCGCUUUCUUCGGCUUCAAAGGAGAAACUGUUGCCUGAUACUACAGAUGAGCAACUGCUGACUUCUGCUUUAGAGGAGAAACUUCUUCCUUUUGCUCCAGAAAAGUCAAUUUCAACUGCUGCCGAUGGGCAGUCAAUUUCUCAGUUUGAUGAAAAUGUUAUCGCGAUUAAUAAACCUUUGGAAGAUAUUUUAGAACCGGAAAAAAAUUUGGAAGUUGCGACAAAUUUGUCUGAAGGAAAUUCUGUUGCUACAGUGGCUGGAGGUGCUGUUGUUGGUGCUACCAAAACCCACUCAGCUACCAAAGCAGGAUCGACAGCAGCUAGUGCAAAAUCGAAAACAGCAACCUUAGUAAUGAAGAAGACUACAACAAGCUCUACUUCUGUUUCCGGGGCACACAAGUCGGCCGCUUCACGUCCAAGUACCGCCCGCCUUGGAAUCAAAACUACAACUAUAGCUACAAAAACUGCGACUACAUCUUCAGGAACUGGAAAUCCCCGAAAGUCUCCAAGCAGUAAUGUAGGAUCAACAGUUAAACCAACAACCAAGUUAAGCAGCACACGACCAGCUACAGCUCCAGUGAGCAAGGUAACUUUAGGGGCCAAGACCGUAACUAACAAGACGGCUGCAAGUGGAACUGCAUCUGGUAAUGUAACCAGGACAACACUUCGCCCUUCAGUCAGUACCAACGCUCGCAAACCAGCAACAAGUGGAACAGGAUCCGUAGCCUCCUUAACUGCUCGACGACCAGUUACAAAUGCAACAGGAUCGGCUCCUGGCAGCGCUGCAUCAACAAAAGUUCGGCUUGCGGCCACAAUGACAGCCUCAGUCAAGCCAAAAGUUUUGUCGCCGCGCAGUACCAUUUCCUCCACCACCACUGUGCGAAAGCUGCCUAGCACAAGUGCCCCUUCACUUUCUACUCGUAGCCCUACCAAGCAGCAAGCCAAUGGACUAGCUCGCCCAGCUCCUAAGUUUACGCAUUCAGCUAGCUCAACCAAUAACAAUGGGAGUACAUCGCGUCGUUUGCUGGUUCCUGGAAGCUCCUCUUCUACAACUACGUCGUCCCUUAGGAAGUCAUCACCAUCAAAGGCAGGACCAGGCAAAGCUGCAUCAAAGCCAUUGACACCGCGAUCCAAAGAUGGCGCGGUUAAGUCAUCGCCGGCUGUAUUAAAAGCUCGGAAUUCUACUUUGAGUGUCCCAACAACUAAUGGUGGUCAGAUCAAUGCAGAGGAAGUUGUCAAGCUUAACGGAAAAGGCCUAGCAGAAGAGGUAAAGAUUGUUGAAGAGCAAUCUUUUCACGAACAAGAUGUCCCUACCCAUAAUGCUGAAGUGCCCCUUUUGGACUUUUAAUAGGGAUCCUAAAUUCCAGAUCACACAAAGCUAAAAUUACUUUAUUAAUACUGAAAACAUAUUGAGGAAAAGUGUUUAAAGCGAAGAGAAACAAAUUUCGAAGACGUAAUAAGAAAAACGAUGAAUACAAUGGCAUCCUGGUAACCUAAUUAGGAAUUUUUGCUUAUUGAACUUUUUUAUACGAUGUACUCUCGAUUUCUUGCUACAUUUUAUUAAAAUAUAUUAUUUCAAAAAAUAUUGAACUACUGUAAAUGAACGCAGAGCGAAUAAAUGUUUGUGCUAUUUUGUAACGAAAACGAAAGAAAAAUUUUCCGUUAUUUAACAAUUUAAUAUUUUCUUUUGAAAUGCUUUCAAUAAAUUUUGCUCACGUUCUUAAAUUAAAUUUCGUCAAGUUUGAAACUCUUAAAAGAAGAAAAUUUCAAAAAGGUUAAAAGAGAAAUUAAGAAUACAAUACUAUACUCCUGGUAACCAAAUUAGGAAAAGUGAACUAAUGUUUGUAACGAAAUCGAAAGAUAAAUGUCACCAAGUGCUCCGUUAUUUAAAAAUAUAACAAUACUUUUAAAAUGUU